UCACCGCCUCUCACAAAUUACACCAAUUCUUUAUUCCAUUUUUUAAUUAGAAAGCACACUUUCAUGUCUGUAACAGAGAGCGAGUCUUUGGUCUCGUAUAAUAUAUAUUAUCACCUUAUGUUUUUUAGGGUUGAGAGGAUUGAGAUCCAUAAUAACAGAGUAUUGCUAAUUUUGUUGGGGUUAAUUUUUCUUAAGCACGACUCUCUCUCAUGAUAUUUUCCUUUAUUGGGUUUCUUGUCAGAUGGCAGAAGCAACAGUGAAUUCAAAUGGGAAUUUUGUCCAAAACCCAGAUGGUGGAUCCAAUCCUCCUGCUCCUCUUCUUGUAAAGAAGAAAAGAAACCUCCCAGGAACACCAGAUCCUGAUGCGGAGGUCAUAGCCUUCUCCCCGAGGACUCUAAUGGCGACCAACAGAUUCGUGUGUGAAAUAUGCGGCAAAGGGUUUCAACGAGAUCAAAAUCUGCAACUCCAUCGACGAGGGCACAAUCUUCCAUGGAAGCUGAAGCAGAGGAGUAGCAAGGAAGUGAAGAAGAGAGUAUAUGUUUGUCCUGAAAAGACUUGUGUUCACCAUCACCCAUCUAGGGCUCUUGGGGACUUAACAGGUAUAAAGAAGCAUUUCUUUAGAAAACAUGGAGAGAAGAAGUGGAAGUGUGAGAAGUGCUCAAAGAGGUAUGCUGUUAAGUCAGAUUGGAAAACGCACUCUAAGACUUGUGGAACUAGAGAGUAUAGAUGUGACUGUGGCACUCUUUUUUCAAGGAGAGAUAGUUUCAUCACUCAUCGAGCGUUCUGCGACGCCUUAGCUGAAGAAACAGCAAGAGUAAAUGCUGCAUCAAACAUCGACUUAGCUGCAAAUUAUGAUCAUCACUUGAUGGGGGCAGCUCCAGUACUAGCACCUAAUAUGGCUCAACAUUUCACUUCUACUUUCAAGCCAGUGAUCUCAAGCAACAAUGACCAAUCAACAAUUGAUCAUACUCAUGCACCAUCUGCUUAUCAAAUGAAUUGGUCAAUUCUCGGAAACAAGUUAUCUUUAUCAUCAAACGGUGCUGACCAUCAUCUUCAUCAAGAGCUAAUUACAAGCACUUCACUUCCAUUAAGCAAUGUGAAGGAGCAGCUUGUGAGUGUUCCUUCCUUAUACAGCAACCAGAACCAACAAUAUUCUCAUCAAACACCUUCACCGAACAUGUCAGCCACAGCUUUGUUACAAAAGGCAGCUCAAAUUGGGGCAAUUACCUCAACUGACCCAUCAUUUCCAGGAAGUACUUUUGGGUUGAAAUCCCAUAACAACAAUCAAGUUCAAGACCAUGGGAUGAACAAAUACCCCAUAGCUACUAGUUGUGUUCUUGUAAGCAAUGAAAUGGAGAACCAGCUAUGCCCAGCUGCCGUCAAACGCCGGCGAAUAGAGAGUGAUCAAGAUUGUCCAAGAGGGGAAACCCGAGACUUCCUAGGUGUUGGUGAAGAAACAAUCGGCCCCCCAUCAUCAAUCAAUGGAUGGGUUUGACAUCAAACACUUGAGGGGUAAAAGGAAAAGAUGAGCUAGCUGUUGAAGAGUUACAGAGGAGAUCCAUGCAUAUUCUCUUGAACCGUGAAAGCUGAUCCCUUUAAGAAACAGUGGUGGCUUUAAUAUUGGCAAAAAAGGAGGAGAGGGUGGAGUAGUGGGGGAAAAGUGAUCAUAUAUAGCCUCCUUUUGAGCUCCAUUAUUGGAUGCUUUGUGUUCAAUUUCUGUUGUAGAAAGUGUUUGUCAAACUGAACUAAAAAGAGGUAUCUUCAUUGCUCAAAGGCUUGAUUUAAUUUAGCUCAUGCUACAUAGGUUUAAUCAGCCUAUCAUUUGAAUAAACUAAUGUAACCUUCUUCUUCUUU